AUGUGCUCCCGUGUGGCGUAAGUUUUUCAACAAUUAAAAUUGGGAGUGGCGGAGGGGCGAUUGUAGCCGGCGAAUUGUCAAUUUUUGGAGGCUGUAGAAUUUGAAAAGGCUGGGAAAAAAUUUUGAGAAAAGUCAGCAAAGUCCUCGUAAUUUUGGCAAAUUUUUUGUGUGCUAUGAAAGAAAGCGAUGACGUUAAUUUUUCGCUUCAUACGGCCCAUUUAUUUUUCGAAUAAAAGCUGCUAUUUUUGUUGUCCUAUCGGGCCUAUAUGGCCAAUUGUUUUCCCCACAAAAAGCGAUCGAAAAACGGUUCUUAUGAGAUGUCAAAAAACGGCCUGAUCCUCCAACUAGUACCCUAACCCAGAUGACUUUAUUCCCUCAAAGUCUAGCCUCCGAUACCUUCCACAAAAUUGGGCUACCAUUAGUACGUUUCCUCUCGUCGCACGAGCUCUUAAAUCCCCGAAUCUACUCACCGGAUCCAUCCGACACCUUAUUUAUCAGUUGGAUAAACAACCCUCUCCCACCGAAAUUCCCAUACCGAAAAUCCCGUUGAGAAUGCCGGGACAACGGAAAUCGAAAAUUUUCAUUUAUGGAAUGUUUGCACAAGUUUCGGUGAGACGCGUGAGAAAAAUAUUCCGUUCCGAAUUGAUCUCGGGGAGGGUGGUUUUUCGACGGGGAAUUAUUAUGUCCUUCCUCCUGAUAAGAGAAAGUAUAGGGACGGGUGUGGAUGAACAUGAAAGUGGAACAUAAUAGAGGUAUUUGGUCGGAUAUUUGUUCAAUUUAUUGGUGGUUGGUAUGUUAGAGAACUGAAAAAACUUUUUGUGACUAUUUGAAGUUAUGCGGUAGGUUUUCAAAGGGACUAAAAUGGAGCGAUAGACUCUAAGGCCUCUAGAUUGCGCUAUGACUUUAGCAACGGCAAAUGUCUGUCAGCAAAUUUUCAUAAAUCCCAUUAAGGCCAAAGGCCACAAACCCCUGAAAAAAGUUCAAAUUUCAGCCUCAUCUCUUUUGCUGUGGUCUGCUUCUUCGCUUACGCCUAUGCUUGCGGCUGCGGUUGCGACUGUUGCGGCGGCGACAGCCAGUGCCCACCAGGUCUAAUCCUCAACUCAACCCGAAGAAGACGUGCCGCUGAGGGCUGCAACGUCAAGCUCACAACCCUCCCACGUGUGCGCCGCCAAGCCGCCGACGAGAAACUGGCCGAGAUCGAGGGACAGACCCACGACCGCGAUGUCACCCCACAAGUGUCUCUGAUUAAGGCCGUCAACCCGAUGGGACUUCGGCGGAAACCAGCUGCCGCUAGCUCCACCGCCUCUCCCGUUGAGCUGACCGUCACUCAGGCAUCCGUGGUUGAGACGACAACUUCGGCAUGA